AAACAUCAUCUUAUGUUGUGUAUAAUUUUAAUGUGUACAUUCAUAUCAUCAUAUAUCAUUAUUUUUUUUAUAUAUUGUAAUGUAUUCUGUAUUUGAAAAGGAAAUUUUUAGCUUUUAGUUGGGUCUGCCAAAGCCAUACAUGAUACAUUUAAGUUUGAAUGUCUACUGUACUCACAAUUGGUAUUAUUAUGAUUGUAUUGUGUCUUGUGUCAGAACUGCAUGCAUUUUUUUUAUUGCUUUUUCGGCCUCAGACAGGGUUGCAAUUUAUCUCCUUUUCUUUUCUCCAUAUUUAUAAAAUGAUUAGUAGAGAACUUAAAAAACAAAGGAUUUUGUGGUCUGGAAUUUUUUGAUUCCAACUAAUUAUUUCUGCCUUCUAUACGCUGAUGAUGUUGUUAUCCUUGCAGAUUCUCCCAGAGAUACUAUAUGCAGAGGAUGCUUGUUGUUUUAAAUGAAUGCUGUAAUACUGUAGGGAAACUUCUUCAGACGGUUAGGCAUUGUAUUGAUGCAGUGCUUGAGCCUACUUUUAAGUUGAUUUAUUGUGUUGGACUCAAUAACAUAACUUGAUUCGUCAUUAAACCAUCAAAUUUCACAAGUAUGGAAAGAUGGCUAAGCCUAAAGCAACAUAUUUGGUACCAAGAUUGGCUCAACUUUUCAUUUACAGAGUGACUUGCUGCUCCCUAGGCCAAAGACAGCUCACAACAGGUUAUAAACAAAAUAUAUCUGCCUUAAUUCAAAAUAGAACAACAAAAAAUAAUUAUUUUUUAUCAUCAGGGGAAAUCUGUAUCAAGAGAACAAUCUCCGAUAAAAAAUGCCAAACGGCUGAUAAGGUGAGAAGCACAACAACCCAAGCUAAAGAAUAUUUGUACAAAAUGGGGUUUGACACAAAGAGAAUUGAAGACAAAAGGCCUACCACUCUGAAAGGAAAUCUCAACCAUAUUCAAAGUAAUAUUCAGUUUUUUCGAAAUUUUAAUCUUGAUGACAAAGCAAUACAGAGUGUCGUCUUAAGACAACCAGGACUUUUAUCAGUAUCGUUGGAUCACUUACAUGAUCAUGUGAAUUUACUUCAGAAAUAUAAUCUGACUUUUGAGCAAAUAGGUCAAGUUAUGAAUCGUGCACCAAAAUUUUUUAGCGUGCCAAUUGAGACAAUACAAGGGAAUGUGAGAUAUGCAGAAAAACUUCAAGUAACCAAGAAAAAGAUUGGCGUUAUUCUUUUGCAUUAUCCAACUACUUUCUCCCGCAAGAUAGAUGGAAUUGAAUUAGUUUGUACGCAGAUCCUUGACAUUCUAAAAACACAUGUGAAAAUGGAUGUAGAUCUUUCAAGAAAAAUGUUACGGAGCAUGCUAAUGACUUGUCCAAAGGUUUUUGUUAGAAGUCCUGGUGAGAUCUUUAGAAACAUUGAAUUUCUGGAGAGCCUUGGAUUUACUCAAAAAGCAUUGUAUACUAUGGUACGAUUCUGCCCAGAAACAAUGCGUGUCUACCCGCACUACAUCCAAACAAAAUUUGAUUUCGUCCAGAAGUUAUUUAACCUUAAUCACAAGGACACUGUAACUCUGAUCACUAGGUACCCAAAGUUUAUAAACUUUCAGCCAAAGAUCUUGCAACUUAAAGCCGACAAUAUUCAAUCAGUAGGUUUCACAUUACAACAAAUCCGUGAUCAACCACGUGUGUUUUCUUUUAGCAUUAGUACAUUUAAUCGACGCUAUAAAGCAUUGAGUGAAGCUGGAUAUGAAUUCAAAACUUUAAGAUUGUUAACUUUAUCAGAGGGCAGGAUUGAAGAUGAAGUGCGAAGGCUUACAUGUACAGAAAUCAACAAAUUUGAAAACAGUAGUGAAGAGUGAUAUAAUUAGAAUAUAUGUUUAAUGGUAUAAAUUGGAAAGAAAUAUCUGAAGUUAUUAUUAUUAUUAUUAUGAUUUCAUUUUUGUUAUUAUUCCAAGUUUGGAAUUAGAAAUUGUGACUGAGCCCCUGGAAAUCGGCAGCGGCCAUAAUACAUAGAGUGCCAGUACCAUGUCCCCAUGCGAGGGCUUAGACUUGCCACAAGUCUCUAAUUAUUGAUUUUCCUAGUAUUAGCUAAUUUUGGAGAGCGCCACCAGCGUCUGUAUAUAUCAACAAACUUCAAUGUGAAUCCAAGAAAAAGUAUACUAUGAAACGCCAGCAAAUAGGUAAUAUGGAACGCCAUUGGUGCCAAAAUCAAUUUUUCUAGCUUUUUUAUUAAGACAAAGUUUAGGGACUGGAACCCAGUCUAGCGAGGGCUAUUUGAGUAGCUGAGUAAUCGACUCCAAUUAAAAUCUGACAUUGGCCGGAUUUAAACAAAGGUCUUUAGCACAAGAAGUAGGAACAUUACCUCUCUGACAAACACUCAGCUUAGCAAGAAAUGAAAUAAGUGUGACCAUGUGUACUGUAAUACACUUUCGAGGAAGAUGCCUUAGAAGAAUGCUCUAUAGGUCAUGAUAUAUUUAUAUUGGUAAUAUUUUUAUGUUAAAUAUUUACUGAAGAACUUUAAAAAUCUCUCAUACUUGAAGUGCUGAGCCUUUGGGUUUAAAAGUAAUAAAUGAUUGUAAAAAAUUUA